GGUGACUCAUCAGCUGAUCAAUCAAAACAAAAAUCUUUUGUCAACAUCUCAAAACAUUACUUGUGUUUGAAUAUGAAAUUACAAUGAUAACAGCAUAUUUGGUAAUUGUAGUGUUUCUAUUCAGUGGCGUUAACUUUGAAAAAGGUAGCUCAAAGUAUAAAAGAUCGUUAACGAUGGACAAAGCACCCUUCGCCACUGUCGUGUUCAGCAACAAAAACAAGUUCUUCUGCUCGGGCACCCUGGUCCACCUAGAGUACGUCCUCACUGCUGCUCAUUGUCUCUACGACAUGCACGGCACCCUCACCGAGGACGAUACGUCGGUCACGGUGAUGGCUGGCUCCGAGAAAGUAAAAUUCGAUGAAAAUGAAGUUGCAACUGGGAAAGUCCAGCUACGAGGAAGCAAGCGAAUAAUGAUACACCAUGGUUAUACCUGGUCAGAAAACUUCGUAAAAGAUCUCGCUAUAAUACAUGUCAGAACCCCUUUCAACAAGACGGAGCACGUUGAUGUGGCACCUCUGCAGAAAUCAAAUGCAACUAAAAAGAUGCAAACUCGGGAGUAUCCCUGGAACAUUACAGAUUUCCAUUCGCUUAGGCGCCACGAAGUUGGAACCUGGGUGUCGCAUAUCUGUGACGGUUAUUGGUAUGGAGAUUCACCGCAUCAAAUCGAGAGCCACAUGGGAAAUAUUAUAAGGGAACACACUAUCACAGUUAUGAAACAUUGUUAUUGCCUGGAGAAAGUGCGAUCUCUGCGGUCUCCCUUCAACAUCAUCAAGGUGAAGAACAUUUUCCUUUGCGACAACCUGGGCACUCCCGUUAAUCUCUGCUGCGGGGACAACGGUGGAACUCUGUUGUGCAAUAAUAUGCUCCGAGGAAUAGCCACCACGGUGUUCCAUUACAAGAGCCAUGACGACGAGUCUUGCGUAACCCACACCACCCACGACUGCUGUCACCCCCAGGAAGAGAAACCCCACCCUUGUGGGGGCGGCAUGAGCAUGAGUGUGUUCACCGACCUCUGCUACUUCAGUGAGUGGCUGUACCAACAUAUACCCGGCUACCCUCUCACCGACCAGCAUUGUAAGCCGGUUGGAAAGUCCUCCGUGAUGCUGGGUAGGUCAGAUAUUGAUUAUUAGAAAUGUUGAAUCGGGACAGUUUCCUUAGAAGAGAGUCCAGAGACAAAGUUAACCUCAGAAACUUAUCGCACGACUGCAGGAGAAAGGUAAUAAUAGAUGAGAGAAGAAAUUCAUGAUUAAGGGUCAGUAAUAAAUGAAUGUGUGCAGCAAAGUUUCAAAAUUAUCUGCACAACUAUAUAAAUCAAUAUUUUGUAUAUUUGG